AUGUUGAAACUGAGUGGUGAGGUCGGUUUCGCUGACGGCGUGGUCGAUGUCAGCGAGACCGUCGAUGAGGAGCUUCAUGCGGCGCGCGUACUCGGAGACGAAGAGAUCGCCUUGCUUGAGGUUUCGUUACUACCGGUUGAGGACCAUGAACCAGGCGGCACGAUUGGCGAGGAAGAAAUCUUUGAUUUUCUUCCAGAUGGAGUAGGUGGUGGUGGCGCCGACGACGUGGUCGAUCAUGGGAUCCGCAAGAGUGGCAUAGAGCCAGAGGGCGACAUGGGCGUCGAGCUCAAGGUAGGCAGCGUCGGCGUUGGGAGGCGGAGAGUGUUCGAUGAGGUAGAGGACACCGUAGCGGAUCAGGACCAUGAGGAAGAAAGAUUUCCACUUGUGGUAGUUGUGAUCAGCGGGGUUGAGAUGAAACUUGAUGUGAUUGGUGAUAUGAAAAAAAGGGACACACCACGUGGACCAAAACAAAGUUCAACCCAGGCACAUCACAGAGCCCAGCCGGCCUUUCGGCCAAGGCCUGUCCCGAGCCGCUCGCCCCGCUCGCUGCUACGGCUGACCAGUGGGGUCCGCGCCGCCCCAUCGUCCCCAACCUCCCGCAACCAGCGGGAUAAGCAGGAGCACGCGCACCCCGCACCUACCGAGCGAUGCUCUCAGGAUAGAGCUUAUCCCGCAGCCUGCAAACGCCAUAGCCGCACCUAUAAAAGGCCCUCGAGUCCCUCGUCUCAUUCAGCCAUCCUGCCCCUCCUCUCGCCGCUCAUAGCUGAUGCCGUCGCCGUUCGCAUCUCGCCGGCCGGAGCUCCUUCGCCCGAGUACUACGCCGUUUCGCCGGAGACGAAGCCCCGACGACCCGAGCCCGCCGGAGCUCACCGGAGCACCGAAGCUCCGCCACUCGCCCUGCUCCACCCCGACGCCUUCGAUGCCACACACCACCGUCGUUCGGCAUCCCUCGACGAGACGCACCCGCCCGCCUACCUCACCCGCGCCGCAUCCCGUCGGAGCCGCCGCCCCGUCCGCGCCGCUCGCCCACGACCCUGCCUCCAAACGCCAGCGUCGUCUCGCUAUAAGCAACCACACCCUCUGCUUCGUUCGUUAGAUUAGAUUAGAUAGGAUCUUUCUUUAGAACGAAUCGGUACGGGUUAGUGUGGUUUUAUCUAAACCGUUCGGUUUUAUUUAAACAGAACGUCGAUUUCCUUUGGUUUAGUAUAA